AUAUAUCGACCUUUUCAGCCGUCAACCGCCAUGAUGUUGCUACCAUCUUCCUGUCGCGGAUGGCCAACUUUCCGGCGCGCCAACGACCAAAACCGACAAGCCAGGUGUGCAACUUAAAUUGAUUGACAUGACUGCGCGACGACAGCAACCAUGUUGCACAUCCGCGGCGAGGCGGCACUCGACGAGGGGCAGCUGCUAGUCCUGACGAUCCUUACCCGUGUGGCCUCGACGCUCUCCGCGCUCGGCGUCUUGACCAUCAUCGCGACCUACUGCUUCUCAAAGCACUUCCGAAACCCCAUGCAUCGCCUUAUUGUCAUCAACGCCUUCUACAACGCCCUCGAUGUGACAUGCACCAUGAUCUCGACGAGCGGGCCGGCAGCCGGGAACCCGUCACCACUAUGCCAGUUUCAGGGGUUUCUUAACCAGAUGUUUCCAAUCGCGGACGUGCUUUGGACUAUGGCCAUGGCUGUCAACGUGUACCUGAUUGUGUAUCGGAGCUACGAUGUUGCGUCGCUGAGACGCCUCGAGUGGAAGUACAUGGCAGGAAUCACAACAGUCACCUUCAUCCCGGCCCUGGUGCUUCUCUUUAUCCGCAAUGACGAGAACGGCCCGAUGUAUGGAAGUGUGACGCUCUGGUGUGCCAUCGCCCCCAAGUGGGUGUUAUUCAGGAUUGUCCUCUACUACGUGCCCAUCUGGGCAUCCAUCUUCGCCACAAUAGCCCUCUACCUCCUCGUCGGCAUCGAGAUCGCCAAGCGGCGCCGCAUCCUCCGCUCCAUCAGCAGCCAAGUCAACGCCACCAUCCUCGACGAAACCAUCCCACCCGCCGACGGGCACCACCACCACCAUCCCGACUCCUGCGGCAACUCCACCACGGCCGAGUACUACGACAGCAGCAGCCACCCCUCCGCAAACGACCCCUCCCCAACCACCACCAGCAGCAGCAACAACCCGGCAGACGCCGGCGGCACAUGCAAAAACUACACCCCCUCCACCGCAACCCGCAUCAUCCCCGCCAACCCCUCCUCCCUAUCCUUCCGGCAGUACAUCCUGAUGCCGCUGUUCUUCUUCCUGGCGCUGCUGCUCGUGUGGGUGGCGCCGUCGACCAACCGCGUCGCCUCCUUCGUCGACCCGGCCUUUGCGUCCUACCCGCUGCUGCUGACGGUCGGGGUGGCGGGGUCGCUGCGCGGGUUCUGGAACGGGAUUGUCUUUGUGGUGGUCGGCAUGCGCUCGUGGAAGCGGAGGCGGGAGUCGGAUGAGGUGGCGUUGAGGCCGGUGACGGGGUGAUGGUCUGGGCCUGACGGGGGGGUGGGGUGAGGGUUGGUGCGUGGUGAUUUGAUGUUUGUAUGUAUUAGGUGUGGAAGGGAUACCCCGUUGGUUAUUGUGUAGUUUCGAGUGGGUUUGAUAAUGAGAGUCGCCCACUUUUCAACAUCUGCCAGUGGGCUGUGAUGCAUUGUUGUGUGUAAAACGUGUACUACCUAGCAGGUAUGGCUACCUGCAAAGACCUGUGAUGGGGGAUGAGAAACUCGACGACGUGAAAGCGGCCGUUCGCUACAGCAGCGAACAAAUGGGGGGGUAGCCGCACCAGUCCACGAUCAAUGGGUCG